AUGCUUUAUGCUUGGACUCCUCAGCCUGGUCUUAACGAACCGAGUUAUCUUUGGCUCGGGCAGUGUCACAAAGCCUGCACAAAGCUCCCAGCCGAGAUCAAGCGCCUCAACGUCUCCCGACCAGUCCUCCUCUGCACACCAGGUAAACGCCACCUCACCGACCAACUAUCCGCUAUCAUCGAAAAUGCUUCUCUCGAAGUCGCUGGCACCUUCGCCCACGCCACAGUGCACACUCCAGUAUCUGUAACGGAACGAGCAACUGCCUUCCUUGGCCCUGUAUCAGCAGACUGCGUUGUUUCUAUCGGCGGAGGAUCGGUAGUUGGAUUAGGAAAGGCCAUCUCUAUUCGUUCGGGCGUACCUCAUAGCAGCAUUCCAACGACCUAUUCCGGCUCGGAAAUGACUCCCAUUCUCGGCGAGACGCAAAACGGGAUUAAAACAACUCGAUCUGACCCUAAGAUCCUGCCUGCUGUUGUUAUCUACGAUGUGGACCUCACAUUGACACUGCCGCCUAUCAUCUGCAGUACGUCUGGGAUCAACGCAAUUGCCCAUGCAGUGGAAGCACUUUAUGCCCAGAAUGCCAAACCCAUCACUUCAAUACUAGCCCUUGAAGGCAUAAAGGCUUUGGCUGAAGCUCUACCUCAAAUCGUGGAAAACCCAGACUCCAACGCCCCUCGAGAUCAGGCCUUAUACGGUGCGUGGCUUUGCGGCACAGUCCUAGGAAACUCAUCAAUGGGACUUCAUCACAAGAUCUGCCAUACGCUCGGUGGAUCAUUCGGACUUCCCCAUGCUGAGACGCACACUGUCUUGCUUCCCCAUCCCUUGUCUUACAAUGCACCAUGUAUCCUUGACCGAAUGGCCAAGCUAGCUGCUGUUCUCCCUGGAAGCGACGGAGAUGCGCUAAAAGGAUUGGAGCUACUACUGGGCAAGCUGCCAGUACCGCGUGGAUUGAAGGACUUGGGGAUGAAAGAAAGUGAUAUUGAAAAGGCAGCUCAGAUCGCCACUAGUAACCAAUAUCCAAAUCCACGCCCUUUGGAGCAUAAAUGGAUUCUGGAACUGCUGAGAAGAGCUUGGGCUGGAGAGCCUGCAGAAGCAACAUUACAGUAA